UGUGACUAAUAUUAUGUAACAAACAUAACAUAAUCCGUACAUAAUAGCAACACAAGUAAAUAAGCUAGGCCUAUAACAACGACCCAAAAAUUCUAUAAUUUUUUACACCAUGUAAUUUUUUACCUGCACCCGGGGUGGAGUCUACCCACCCCACGUUUUUUUACUACACAAAAACCAAUAGUGCACCUUUGGGGGUGUCACCAUUUUUUUCAUAGCAACCCAGAUCGAUAUUUUUCCCGCGCACAACUCGCAUUGGUUAACCCGUCGGCUAACAAAAGGGGUCUUUAUGUAAAACUUAUUCAUUUAUUUUUAUUCUGGUAACGGUCGUCCGUUGCCGUUGCUAUUCUUUGGUUAAUAGUUAGGGUUGAUAUUAAAAAGGGGUUAUUUUUUAGUUGCGCUUCUCCUCACGCGAUUUGGGCCGGUUCAAAUUGUUUGGGGCACGCAAAUCAUCGGCUUUAUUAUACACGCUGUUAGUUGUUUAGUUUUGUUUUGAAUUUAAAGGAUGUUUUGGCACGGAAUUCUCUGGAAGGUCGAUGGUUAAGCCUUACGUCUUGAUAUUGGAUGCCUGUUAUCCGUAUUUUAUUUAGUGUUUGAUUAUAAAACUCUGGUUGGAAUAUAGGGCUUGCUGAGAGCAGUAACGCACUGUACCAAAUAUCUAAGAUUCCAGAUUCGCUCUUAUUUUAAAUGGUAUGCUGGUCAUUAAGGCACAAAACAUGAAUCCAACUAUUUCCGCAUAAAAACCAAUUACUUUACUAGAUCAGUGUCAUCUGUAUAAUUAGUAUAAUUACAUAAUAAGCAGGAUUCUUAAAAAGUAUAUACCUACUUAAAAUGUAUUUCUCAUCAAUAUGUUAUCCAGUCCCAAAGUCUACCCAUCUUCCCACCCUUAAGAACAUGUCUCUUGUACUUCCAGUGGUAGUAACAUCAGCGCCGGCCAACGAGGCGGAGCUCCAGCUGUACCGGGUGAUGCAGCGCGCCAGUCUGCUGGCAUACUACGACACGCUACUCGAAAUGGGUGGAGACGACGUACAACAAUUAUGCGAUGCUGGUGAGGAAGAGUUCCUUGAGAUAAUGGCUCUCGUGGGCAUGGCUUCCAAACCUCUGCAUGUCAGACGAUUACAAAAGGCUCUUCAGGAGUGGGUGAACAACCCCGCCCUCUUCCAAAUCCCCAUCGUUCCCAAUCUGUGUCCUACUGAGAAUCCUUUUAUCCAAUGUAACCAAAGACUCCUAAACAUGCCCCCCUCAAUGCCUAACGUGUUACCUAGAACCGUAGCGUCUCCAGAGAGCAGUAGACCCAUGUACAGUCCGUCUCCCGGUGCCCCUGACAACAGCUGUGGUUCCACAGCGUCAGCACCGAACGCCAGUCCCGUCCAUCAAACGAAUACCUUCACAAAGAUAGUGUUACCACCGUCACCUGCCCCCGCGGCGCCUGUCACGUCGACCGCUUCUAGAUCCUUCUCACCUCAAAGUGCCUGUCCUCCUGCAUCAGCCGGUUCGAGUCCAAGCUCAGUCACAUCACCAGUUCAGCUAACGCCAGUUCUGCUUGACGUUCAUGUUCAAAAGUUGUCGGCGGCGGCGGAGAAGUUAAGCAAACAUUUGCCCCAACUUGAACCAAAGCCGCAGAACACUAAAAAGAAGAUGUGCAAGGACUUGGAGCUGGUGAUGAUGAUGCCGGAGUCAGACCCUCGGCGGAUGGAGGAGAUCAGGAAGUAUGCGGCAAUAUAUGGAAGGUUUGAUUGUAAAAGAAAACCUGAGAAGCCGCUGACGUUACAUGAGGUGAUGGUGAACGAGGCAGCGGCUCAGAUCUGCCGCUGCGUGCCCGCGCUGCUGACGCGGCGGGACGAGCUGUUCCCCCUCGCGCGGCAGCUGGUGAGGCGGGCUGGCCUGCACUACUCUAAGCACGGUCUCCCGCCAACAGCUUCGACGGGCGAGGACCGGGACCGUGACGAGGAGGAGACGCCGGCGAAGCGGCCGCGCCAGGAUGGCGAGGAAGGCAACGGCGUGAGAGCCAGUCCUGAUGCAGCCAGGGGCAACUCCAAUAGUUGGUGGGGCGUGAAAGCAGAAAGUGAUGAUGCUGACUCCAGGUGUUCAUAUUCUAGUACGAGUACUCCUCCGCCGGAGGCGGAGGAGUCCCGUCCGCAGGUGGUGGCGGCGCGCGGCGACAGCAUCAUCGCGGUGGCCAACCCCGCGCUGCACGCGCCGCACGCGCCGCACGCGCCGCACGCGCCCCACACGCCGCACCCCGCCAGGAACCACUCCAACUAA